AUGGCCAACAUUAUCUUGUCACAUUCACCAACAAGAUGUAUGCAGGACAGCCUGUUAAUAAAAGAAAGCAAGGGAUUGGAGGAGAUGGCACCAGAGGCAUGUAGCCUUAUGAGCAUUUACAGGAGGUUCAAGCCACAGUUCUUCAUGGUUCUGUCCCAGAUGGGCUAUACUUUUCUCUAUUUUAUCACAGAAGCCUCCUUCAAUCAUGGGAUGAAUCCUCAUGUCUACAUUACUUACAGACACAUUUUAGCUGGUUUUGUCAUGUUGCCCUUCGCCUAUUUUCUUGAAAGAAAAGCAAGGCCAAAGCUCACGUUAGCCCUUUUCUUGGAGAUUUUCAUUCUUUCACUUCUUGGGGUGAGUUUGACACUAAACAUGUAUUUUGCGAGCUUUAAAUACACCUCUCCAACCUUCCUUUCAUCAAUGGUCAACACCAUAGCUUCCCUAACCUUUGUAUUUGCAGUUGUACUCAGGUUGGAGGUUCUUGAUCUUCGAAGGCCUCGUGGAAUAGCAAAAAUUGCUGGAACCUUGGUUUCCUUAGCUGGGGUCAUGAUUAUGACAUUGUAUAAAGGUCACCUCAUAAGAAAUCUAUGGCAUCCUCUAAUCCACAUCAAAAGUAGCACAAUGACUCAUGAAAACUGGUUCAAGGGUUCAGUUCUUACAGUAGCAAGCUGCAUAACAUGGUCAAUAUGGUAUAUCAUGCAGGCAAUUACAUUGAAGAGAUAUCCUGCACAACUCUCGUUAACUACAUGGAUGAACUUUGUUGGGGGAGCACAAUCAGCGGUCUUCACCAUAUUUGUAGAGCAUAAACGAGCAGCUUGGACAGUUGGUUUAAACAUUGAUUUAUGGUCCAUCAUAUAUGCUGGGGUGGUAUGCUCCGGAUUAAUAAUCUUCCUUCAGUUGUGGUGCACAGAAGAAAAAGGCCCAGUUUUUGUGACCAUGUUUAAUCCCCUUUCCACAAUACUAGUGGCGUUUCUAGCAUACUUUGCCCUUGGUGAAAAACUUUACAUGGGCAGCAUAACAGGGGGAGUAAUUGUGAUUGUUGGCCUAUACUUGCUAUUAUGGGGCAAAGAAGGUGAUCAAGAAGUUUGCAUCAAGUCAAGGAAGCAGGAUCAAAACCCUCGCGAAGAGGAAAAAGACCUCAAGAUUCAAAUAGCUACACAAGAGGAUGUACUCAAAGGUGGAACUUAGAAAUACUUACGGUAGCCCAGAUAAUGAAGGGCUCCAACAUUGAUUAUCAUAUUUGUAUAAUAAACUACUAGACAAUUAGAAAUGAAAUGCUCCAAGGCACAAAGGAUCGCACUUCUCUU